AUGCUUCGCUCGUUCCUUACGCUCGCCCUCUCGUCGGCCGCACUUGUCGCGGCGCAGGAGCUUGCCCACAUGUCCAUCUCGAUCGAGUGGGUCGACCGCUCCCAUGCCAACUCUGCGUGCCCUCGCGCCGACUCGGAACUCGUCCGACAAGGCUUCACCGCGUACGCGUUCCGGUCCGCGAACGACACGAGCAACUCGUGUGGGCACUGCUUUCGUCUCUGGAACAACGCGGCCAACGUCACAGUUCAAGUCAUCGACGUCGAGGCGUUUGCGGUCUUUCAAGAUUACGCCGUGUCGGGCGCGAUCCACGGCGUCAGCAGCGUCCCGGUCCCGUGCCCUCCGUAG